GUCAGAAUCCAUUGUUGGUUAAGGUAACAACAAAAACCAGCAGACCCUGCAGUUCCAGGACCAGGAAUGAAGAUCACUGCUUUGGCCAAUCACUGACCCAAAGAAAGCAGUUUAAUGCUGGAACACAACACCAAUUGAUGCACCUUUGUGGUACAGGUGACCGCGAUUGACGCGGACGACCCCACGUACGGAAACAGCGCCAGACUGAUCUACAGCAUCCUGCAGGGGCAGCCCUACUUCUCCGUGGACCCUGACACAGGGAUCAUCCGGACGGCCCUGCCCCAUAUGAACCGGGAGAACCGGGAGCACUUCCAGGUCAUGAUCCAGGCCAAGGACAUGGCGGGACAGAUGGGCGGUCUCUCGGGGACCACCACCGUCAACAUCACCCUCUCGGACGUCAACGACAACCCACCACGCUUCCCACAGAGUGUGUAUCAGUUCAGCGCCCCAGAGUCCACAGAGAUCGGGUCCCCCGUGGGGCGGAUCAAGGCCACGGACGCCGACAUCGGGGUCAACGCCGAGAUGGACUACAGCGUCAUCGGGGGAGACGGUCUGGACACCUUCGACAUCAUCGCCGACCGGGCCACGCAGGAGGGCGUCAUCACCGUCAGAAAGCCUCUGAACUUUGAGAGGAAGAGCGUGUACGUGCUGAAGGUGCAGGUGGAGAACACGCGGCUGGACCCACGCUUCAGCUCCAUGGGGCCGUUCAGGGACACUGCCACGGUGAAGGUGACGGUGGAGGACGUGGACGAGCCGCCGGUGUUCGAGCGCGACAGCUACACCAUGGAGGUGAAGGAGGACGCGGACGCUGGGACCACCAUCGGCUCCGUCAGCGCCAUGGACCCCGACAGCAGCCGCAGCCUCAUCAGGUACUCCAUCGACCGGCGCACAGACAUGGACCGUUUGUUCAACAUCCACCCCGGAAACGGGACCAUCUUCACCCUGAGGCCACUGGACCGCGAAGAGACAGCCUGGCACAACAUCUCCGUGACCGCCACAGAGUUCAGCAACCCCAGGCAGCUGAGCCGAGUGCGUGUCCACAUCAGGGUGCUGGACGUCAACGACAACGCGCCCGUCUUCGCCACCGUCUACGAGACCUUUGUGUGUGAAAACGCGAAGUCUGCACAGAGGAUACAGACGGUGAGUGCCACCGAUGUGGAUGAGCCCAAGGGUGGACACAAGUUCUUCUUCAGUCUGCCUCCAGAAGCUUCCAUGAAAGCCAACUUCACCGUCAAAGACAACAGAGACAACACGGCGGGGAUCCUGACGCGACGCAGCGGGUUCAGCCGGGCACAGAAGAGCGUGUACCUGGUUCCCGUGGUGAUCACGGACGGCGAGUUCCCCAUGCAGAGCAGCACCAGCACGCUGACGGUGAGGGUGUGCAGCUGUGACCGGGACGGCAACAUGAAGGUGUGCAGCGCCGAGGCCUACGCCCUGUCCACCGGACUCAGCACCGGGGCGCUGGUGGCCAUCUUACUCUGCGUCAUCAUCCUGCUCAUGAUCGUGGUGCUCUUCGCCGGCCUGAGGAGACAGAAGAAGAAGGAGCCUCUGAUCAUCUCCAAAGAGGACGUGCGGGACAACGUGGUGAGCUACAACGACGAGGGCGGCGGAGAGGAGGACACGCAGGCCUUCGACAUCGGCACGCUGCGCAACCCCGAGGCCAUCGAGGACGGCAAGCAGCGGCGCGACAUCAUCCCGGAGUCGCUGUACCCGCCCGCCGCCCGCCGGGCCCCCGCCGGCCCCGCCCGCGACCAGGCCGACGUGCGCGACUUCAUCUCCCAGCGGCUGCAGGAGAACGACUCGGACCCCACGGCCCCGCCCUACGACUCGCUGGCCACCUACGCCUACGAGGGCAACGGCUCGGUGGCCGAGUCCCUCAGCUCGCUGGAGUCCGCCACCACAGACGCGGACCAGGACUACAACUACCUCAGCGACUGGGGGCCGCGCUUCAAGAAGCUGGCCGACCUGUACGGGGGCGAGGACAGCGACAGGGACUCCUAA